AUGCAUCUUUUUCAAAACUUUCACAUCCUUCUGCUCCCCCAACACCUCCAUUCCAAGAAACAGUUGCAACGUUCGCGGGAUGUGGAAGAGAUUGGUACGUGGGGUUCUUGGUUGCUCAUUGUUUCCUGUCCAACCAUCCAAGAUGCCUUGCAGAUGAUGGAUGCAAAGCUAUGCCUGCACACCACCUUCAAUUUCACCUUCCGGGAGUUGUGCGGUGUGAGGAAGGUGUCCUAG